AUGAAGUUCACAGCAGCCCUCGCCCUCCCCCUCCUGGCCGCCGCCGCCCCAGCCAGCGAGCCAACCUCCAACCCCAACUUCGGCGUCAUGGCCGUCCGCUCCGCCUCUCCAAUCCACUACCUCCAACUGAACGCCGCCGGCCAGAAAUUCUACCUCGGCGGCCAAACAGCCUCCUACUGCCCAGACCAAGUCCCCCACUGUCCCCCAGGAAACCAAACCAUCUUCACCCCCGGCGGUAGCUCCCUGGACGUCAAUGUCCCCGGCGGUCAACAAGUCUAUGUGGAUCCCAAGGGUGCCCUGAGCUUCACCCAGGCCCACUCCGCUAAUAUCCCCGCUGGUUCCGCCAUCGGUCCUUUCGUUUAUUCUCCUGAUCAGCCGUGGGCUCAUUACUCUUUCAAUGGUUGGGGUGCUAGUGGUUUCAUGGCUUGUCCUACUGAGGACUCCCGCUGGCAGGUCUUUGCCGCUGUGCAGAAUGCUACUGUUCCUAAGGGGGAUGUUGAGGAGUGUCUGGGUUUCUCGGCUUUGGCUCUGCCUUAUGAUGGGGAUGUUCCUGCUUGGCAGUACAUUUAA